UUUUUUAAGGUGAUAACCAUAGUAUCAUGAUAUACUAUCCCAGUUCAGCAGGUGGAGGUAUGAAGGAAUUAUUUAGGAAGGUUGGCAACCGAUCCAGUGAAUUCCAUCCAGAGGUGAGAAGAGUGAGGCGUGAAGGCUCCUACAUAUAUGAGGAAUUUAUGCCAACUGGAGGGACAGAUGUUAAGGUGUAUACAGUAGGCCCAGAAUAUGCUCAUGCUGAGGCAAGGAAGUCUCCUGUUGUUGAUGGAGUUGUCAUGAGAAAUCCUGAUGGGAAGGAAGUUAGGUAUCCUGUGUUACUGACACCUGCUGAAAAGCAAAUGGCAAGAGAGGUUUGCGUUGCAUUCCGACAAGCGGUUUGUGGGUUUGAUCUCUUGAGAUGUGAGGGACGAUCAUAUGUAUGUGAUGUGAAUGGAUGGAGUUUCGUUAAGAACUCACACAAGUAUUAUGAUGAUGCUGCAUGUGUGCUGCGGAAGAUGUUCCUAGAUGAAAAAGCACCUCAUCUUUCAUCAGCAAUUCCACCAACUUUACCAUGGAAAUUAAAUGAACCAGUUCAACCUUCUGAGGGAUUAACUCGUCAGGGUAGUGGUAUUAUAGGGACUUUUGGACAAUCUGAAGAACUGCGUUGUGUAAUUGCUGUUAUUCGUCAUGGCGAUAGAACUCCUAAACAGAAGGUGAAGCUGAAAGUUACCGAGGAAAAGCUGCUAAAUAUAAUGUUGAAAUACAAUGGAGGACGACCUAGAUCAGAGACAAAACUUAAAAGUGCAAUCCAGCUGCAAGAUCUGUUAGAUGCCACUCGAAUGCUAGUGCCUCGAACUAGACUAGAUCGAGAAAGUGAUAGCGAGGCCGAAGAUAUUGAGCAUGCUGAAAAGCUUCGUCAAGUUAAAGCAGUACUUGAGGAGGGGGGCCAUUUCUCUGGUAUAUAUAGGAAAGUUCAGCUAAAGCCACUAAAGUGGGUCAAAGUUGCCAAAAGCAGUGGUGAAGGUGAAGAAGAACGACCUGUUGAAGCUUUGAUGGUUCUUAAAUAUGGUGGUGUUCUGACACAUGCUGGCAGAAAGCAGGCUGAAGAACUGGGAAGAUUUUUUCGGAAUAAUAUGUAUCCAGGGGAAGGUACAGGUCUUCUUCGACUCCAUAGUACAUAUCGACAUGAUCUAAAGAUUUACAGCUCUGAUGAGGGUCGAGUGCAGAUGUCUGCUGCAGCAUUUGCCAAAGGUUUACUUGACUUAGAAGGGCAGCUAACACCAAUCCUGGUUUCCCUUGUUAGCAAAGACUCCUCCAUGUUGGAUGGACUUGACAAUGCCAGUAUUGAAAUGGAAGAAGCCAAGGCUCGGUUGAAUGAGAUCAUUACCUCUAGUCCAAAGAUGGCUCAUAGCAAUGGAUCAUCUGAAUUUCCUUGGAUGAAAGAUGGAGUAGGAUUGCCGCCCAAAGCAUCAGAGUUACUUGUCAAGCUGGUGAAAUUGACUAAGAAGGUCACUGAACAAGUAAGACUACUUGCUAUGGAUGAAGAUGAGAAACUUACAGAAAGAAGCUCAUAUGAUGUAAUUCCUCCUUACGACCAAGCAAAGGCACUUGGCAAGACAAAUAUUGACAUUGAUCGCAUAGCUGCUGGAUUACCUUGUGGAAGUGAGGGUUUCCUUCUGAUGUAUGCCCGCUGGAAAAAGCUUGAAAGGGACUUGUAUAAUGAACGGAAGGACCGCUACGAUAUUACUCAAAUUCCUGAUGUUUAUGAUUCAUGCAAGUAUGAUCUCUUGCACAAUGCUCAUCUUAACUUGGAAGGACUGGAUGAGCUUUUCAAAGUUGCUCAGGCACUUGCUGAUGGUGUUAUUCCAAAUGAAUAUGGAAUUAAUCCAAAGCAGAAGUUAAAAAUUGGCUCCAAGAUUGCACGCCGUUUGUUGGGGAAAAUUUUAAUCGACUUGAGGAACACUCGUGAGGAAGCAAUUAGCGUUGCCGAGUUAAAGAGUAACCAAGACCAUGUCUCGUCGGCCUUAAAAACUGAACAGGAUGACACGGAGUCCAAUUCAAAGCUUUUAAAUAAGAAUGAUGAGCCAAGAAGAUCCGCCACUUUCAGUGAUAUUUCAUUGGAUCAAGAUGAUGAUGAUGAUAAAGAGACAAAAUAUCGUUUAGAUCCAAAGUAUGCCAAUGUGAAGACACCUGAGCGCCAUGUGCGAACAAGACUGUACUUCACAUCAGAAUCACAUAUACAUUCUCUCAUGAAUGUAAUUCGUUACUGUAAUUUGGAUGAAUCUCUUCAAGGUGAAGAUAGUCUGGUUUGCCUUAAUGCGCUAGAGCGCCUUUGUAAAACGAGGGAGCUUGACUAUAUGAGCUACAUUGUGCUGAGGCUGUUCGAGAACACAGAGGUGGCUUUAGACGACCCAAAAAGGUUUCGCAUGGAGCUGACCUUCAGUCGCGGUGCGGAUUUAUCCCCCUUGGAGAAGAAUGAUAGUGAAGCAACUUCAUUGCAUCAAGAGCACACCUUACCCAUUAUGGGUCCUGAAAGGCUGCAAGAAGUAGGAUCAUUUCCGUCGUUAGAAAAAGUGGAGAAGAUGUUUCGUCCUUUUGCUAUGCCUGCAGAAGACUUUCCUCCCCCAGAAACACCUGCUGAGUUCCCGACCUAUUUUCCUAAGAGCGUGCUUGAGCGCCUGGUAAAUUUCUGGCCUUUCCACAAGCAUGCCAACUCUAAUGGCAAGUAGCUACUUGGAUUAUUUCUCAUCCAACGAACCCUCCUCCAAAAAAAGUAAAAAAAAAAAAAAACCCCUUUUAUCUACUCUUUUAAUUUUACAAUUUCUGAAUGUUCGCCCUUUUUUUUGCGGCGAGGGUCUGAGACGUUAAUUUGAAUAGAAAUCAAAAUUGGAGAAGGCACGUUUUAUGGAAAGAAAUCAAUUGUCUUUGCUGAAAUUAAAUUCUAUCAAUGCAUCAUUUCGGCGUAACGCUAAUCUUGUGAUUAUAUAGUUUUCUUAAUA